AUGAGACGAUGGGCCUCGAAGAGUGAAAGUACAGAAUACGAACAUCAGCCCAAUCGAGCAACAGAACAAUCCUGGCAUCUUCUGCGAAACGAGCUCCUCAGUCUGGACUGGAUUCCAUGGCGCGACGAGGGCGAAUGCUACCAGAGCCUCAAUAUACAUGCACGACCAAGCCUGCUUUCUGGUGUAGGCGCAACAAACCGUUACGAGGAAUACGAUGGCGAGACAGAAAUGCUGCACAGUGAGCAUUCGAGAUUGAAACGGCACGUCGAGGCCGCGCGAACGAAAAUUCCUGCAUUAAACGCUGCUUUAAAAGCACGUCAACAACGACAAGGUUCUUUGAGUACCGAGGAACUCAAGCAGCUGGCGACUGAGCACAAAAUCUCGAUACAGCACUCUCCGACCCGACAGGUGCAGCCAGAAGGUUGGGGCAUAGGAAUGGUAUUGGACGGCGUGGAGCGGAAUGCGCCAGACAAUAAGGCUCUGCGACAGAAGAUUUUGUCUAUGCGACACGCCAGCGCUCAGCAACUGCGCAACACAGCAAUGGAGUAUGGAUGCCCUAUUCCAGAGGUACCAGCGCCACCUCCUGCACCACCACUCGAAGUGGACAUCAAGGUGGAAGUGGCAAAGGCCGUGCAGAACAUGUUCACUGUCAAGCGUCAAAUGUUCAAGGAGUGUGGGUGGGAGGAGAGGUUCGACUAUGAAAUGUUCGAGGCAAGGCGGGACGACUUGUUAAAUGAGUACCAUGCUUUCUUCUCGCUACUUGGCCCCAGGGGACAGAACGUCCAUGAUCCUGUCGAGGGUGUGUGGUUGAGAGACUGGUUCAGACAGAAGGCUGGCGAGAAAGCUGUUUAA